AUGGUACGCCAGCUCUUACAUGGCACUUUGUAUACGACCAAGGCAUUUAUACUGCUGGACAGCGACGGCAAGCGACUUGCUGCUCGGUACUUCACCACCGAGUGGCCGGGGCUGGAGAAGCAGCUCAGUUUCGAGAAGUCGCUCUUCACCAAGGCCCAGGCUCAUCCUGCCGCGGAGAUCAUCUUGCUGGACAACAUCAUCGGGGUGUUCCGAACCGUGGCCGAUGUCCACUUCUUCGUGAUCGGAAGUCUCGAGGAGAACGAGCUCGUAUUGUGGUCUGUGCUCACGACCUACAUCGAAACCAUUUCCCUCAUACUCAAGAACCAAGUGGACAAGAGGACCCUCUCGGAAAACUUCGACUUCCUCCUGCUCGCCAUGGACGAGCUGGUCGACGAUGGAGUCGUGAUGGAGACCGAGCCGCAGGUGAUCGCCGACCGAGUGUGCAUGCGGACCCAGGGCCCCGACGGCAGGGGCGAGGACGCCAUCAUGGGCGUGCCCAUGAAGACCAUCAACAGCGCCAAGGACAUGGUCGUCAAGGGCCUCGGCAACCUCAGGGCGCAAGGUGUCUAG